CUGAUGCAGACGCAGUUCGAGGCGCACUACUCAGUCCUCAGGUCGAAUCUCCCAUCGGAACUGGCGUCCAAGGUGACGCCGAAAUUCCAGAAUUUCAAGUAUUCGUACGCAAUCGAUUUCGAGAACAAGGCCCAGGCCGACAGCUGCUGGGGCCACUUCAAAGGCAUCGCGAUGAGAUGGAUCGACCCGCGUACAUCGCAGACCCACGACCUUCGGCUCGGCAAGGACCAGCCAUUGCCUGUCAGGCACAAGGCCUACGCGCUGGGUCUCGCCUACAACAUCAUCCAAGCCGAGAUGAAGAGUAAGAAGUUGUGGAACGCAUCCUCCAUGAAGCUCGGCACCAACCCAUUCCAGGGCAUCCUCUACCUGAUGGAGAACGGCGACCCAUUCGAGAUGGUCAAACUGAAGGAGGUGAACGGCAACGGCGACGGGCGCUUCGAGAUCGGCGUAGACGCCGUGAGCUUCAAGCAUUUCCAUCUGGAGGAAUCGUUCACGAACGGGAUCUCGGACCGUGUCCAGGCGCUGCUGGCGGAGUAG